UACCAAACUGUCAGGUGACACAUGUGAAGGUGUCCUGUAAAAAAGGAACAGUUGGUGGAGAAACAAAGCAGUUUGAGAGUGUUUCAGAGACAGAGCUGACGUGGGAAAAACGAAGAUUACGAAAUAUACAGUUCAGGAUGCGUGCCCUGGUCCUCCUCUGCUUCCUGGCGGUCUUGUCUGCUGGCUGGGCAAGGCCCCGCCACCCUCUGCUCUCCUCUGAGAUGAUCCAGUACAUCAACAAGCUCAACACCACCUGGAAGGCUGGACAAAACUUCUACAAUGUUGACCUCAGCUAUGUUCAGGGUCUCUGUGGCACACUGCAGAACAAACCCACGCUGCCUGAACUGGAGCAUCCAGCUGGAGUCAAGCUGCCAGACACCUUUGACGCACGGCAGCAGUGGCCUAACUGCCCCACCAUCCAAGACAUCAGAGACCAGGGCUCCUGCGGCUCCUGCUGGGCCUUUGGAGCUGCAGAGGCUAUCUCCGACAGGUUGUGUAUCCAUAGCAACGCCAAGAUCACUGUGGAGAUCUCUGCCGAGGACCUCCUAUCGUGUUGUGAGGAAUGUGGCAUGGGGUGCUUCGGAGGUUAUCCCAGUGCUGCCUGGGAAUACUGGGCUAAAUCUGGGCUGGUGACUGGAGGCCUGUAUGGCUCUAAUAAGGGCUGCAGACCCUACAGUAUCCCCCCAUGUGAGCACCACGUCAAUGGCACUCGUCCUCCCUGCCAGGGCGAAGGGGACACCCCAAAAUGUCAGACAAAGUGCAUCGAUGGGUACACCCCCGCGUACGAGAAAGACAAGUACUUUGGUAAGAAAACAUACUCCGUGCCCUCCAAGCAGGAGCAGAUCAUGACUGAGCUGUACAAGAAUGGGCCUGUGGAAGCAGCCUUCUCUGUCUACGAGGACUUCCUCCUCUACAAGAGUGGUGUGUACCAGCAUUUGACUGGGGACAUGCUGGGAGGUCACGCCAUAAAGAUCCUGGGCUGGGGGAAGGAGAACAACACUCCCUACUGGCUGGCUGCCAACUCCUGGAACACAGACUGGGGAAACCAAGGGUUUUUCAAGAUCCUCCGUGGUGGGGAUGAAUGUGGCAUCGAGUCAGAGGUGGUGGCUGGAAUACCCCAGCUCUAGACUGCACUACAGGAAUCAACAGGACAGUCCGAUUUUGACAUGGCUACUUAUAUUUGUCUUUAUGUGGUCUGUCCAUGGCAAGCCUUCUUGGUUUAAUAAAUUCAUUUACUGUGAA